AGUGCCUCUGGCACCGCGAUGCCAAGUGGUCCAGCACGGUUCAGCUCGGGCAGCGCGUUCGGAGGGGCCGGAGGUAUGUCCUCCCGCAUCUCCGUGGCAAAUGUCCGGGAUCUUGCGGAUAAACUGCGUCCCCAUGUCCAGCUAAAUAACAUGACUUUAAUGUCACCCACCAGUGACAAAGAGGCCAUGAAGGGUCUAAACGACCGUCUGGCAGAUUAUUUGUCAAAAGUGCGGCUGCUGGAGGAGUCCAACAAUAAGUUGGAGCGGCAAAUCAAGGAGGAAUUAAUGAAAAAAGGCACUGCCAAUGAUAGAGACUGGAGCGCGUAUGAAAAGCAACUGGAUGAUCUUCGAAAACAGGUCAAAGAAAUGACCAUGGACAAUGCGCGGCUCCUGCUGCAGAUUGAUAAUGCCAGACUGGCUGCUGACGACUUCAAGCUCAAGUUUGAGACUGAGCAGGCAAUGCGUGUGGGUACGGAACAGGACAUCACAGGCUUACGCAAACACAUCGACGACACCCAUCUGAGUCGCAUGCAGCUCGAGAGCCAACUUGAGGCUCUGAGGGAGGAGCUUCUGUACCUGCGGAAGAACCAUGAAGAGGACGUUGCCAGUUUAAGAUCCCAGAUCAGCGAGUCCAACGUCUCAGUUGAGAUGGAAACUGCUAAAGGAGCCGACCUCAGUGAAAUCAUAAGCAACAUCCGUUUACAGUACGAAAAGGCCGCGCAGCAGAACCAAGCGGAUACAGAGGCCUGGUACCAAACAAAGUUUGAUAACAUUGCGGCUGAAGUGAGCCAGAACACAGAGGCACUGCAGGGAAGCAAGACUGAACUGAAUGACCUGCGCAGACAGAGGCAGUCGCUGGAGAUUGAGCUGCAGUCCCUGCGUAAAAUGGUUGAGGCCCUGCAGGACACAUUGGAUGAGACCGGGAAUCGCUACGCUCAGGAUGUGAACACACUGAAUAAUCGUAUCAUUCAGCUGGAGGCGGAGCUGGGGCAGGUGCGUGCUCAGGUGGAGAGGCAGGCAGCAGAUUACCAGGCCCUGCUGAACGUCAAGGUGAGACUGGAGGGUGAGAUAGCCACCUACCACAGCCUUCUGGACGACGGCAGCACACCUGAUGACAGGUAAGACGAGCGAAAAGUUAAAAAAGCCGUAAUCAUCAGUCAGGAGGUGGUGGACGGGGAAGUGGUCUCCCGGAGCGAACUGGAGGUCAACCCAGUUCAUGGUCCAGAGGAAGAGGAGGACUGGGAGGAGACGGCAGCUCCAGAGGAAAAGACUGAGGAAGACGUCGGAGGAGAGGAUGAAGAGCCUUCGCAAGACACCGCGGAGUGACUUUCCACAGCCCUCCACAUUCCUCGGCCUCCAAU